GAGCACAGUCUUUAAAGCCUUUAAAGGGAGAUGACGUCAUGAUUAUUUACAUUGCUCGAAGCUGAGGAGCAGUUCAGAGUAUCAUGGAGAGACAAAUUAGUUCAGAAGACUGGGUAGCUAUCCAACCGGAUCCAUUCCAAACCUCUGAAGCUAAAACGUCACAUCUCCGUUUCAAGGUAGCAUGGAACGAACAGCUUCACAAGGUUGCCAUUGUCUGCCAUGAAGAGGAGCAACGGGUGAUACGAAGAACCCUCAAUGUUGGAGCUCCAGGGAAAAAAACAUGUACUCCUCAACCUGGUGACCCCAAGGGUAGACCUUCGCAGAAUGGAACCAAAGAAGGUUGGACAACCCUCAUGUCCAUUCAAGAAUUGCAGUAUGCCCAUGAACAGAUGUGCCUUGUUAAACCUGAGCUUUCUGACUAUCCUCCAUCUUUACCCUUUGACCCCCGUGGCAUCUGGAGCUGGGUGUACAACAUUGAGAUUCCUGAUGACUUUGACCAACAGCUGGUGAGAUACCUUGGAACCGCAGCUGAAGUCGCCGGGAAGAAACUUGUGAUUGAUACCCUCUUCAACUCUCAUGUUGGUAUCGAGGGCUAUGUGGAGAGCUAUGGUAAAUUGAAGCAAGAUGCUUAUGAAGCUGACGUCACCAAGUGGGAGGAGCAGCUUGCAACAUCUCACAAGAAGCACUCUUCAAUUAAGAAAAUGAAGGACAUGAUGGAUAUCUACGAGAAGGAGGAUGGGAUUCUAAGUGAUCUUGCAUCAGCUCAGGCUGAACUGUUCAAUCUCUACCUCCAACCUUAUCUAGACCUUAGGGAACUAGCUUUUGAUCAUUUACUGAAUUUACAAGAGAGACUGGAGGACGAGUCUAUGAGUACGCAGGGAAGGGAGAGAUGUACCAUGGAGUACAGUGAAUGGCAGGAGCACUAUGUGGAAUCGAUUGAUGCCAUCAACAAGCUGAGGAUAAACUAUUUUGAAGAGUGUAUGAAAACGACAAAAGCUGUCGUCACUCAGAUGAAAAUGGACAGUAAGAAAUUUGGCAAAGCAUCAUGGGAGAUGGGAGGAGAGGAGCGUCUAGCCAGCCUACAGCAGACUCUCUCACAAGACUCGCUACAGCUUCUUCAAGCAAAAAGAGAUAAAUACAAGCAUGAACUGGGCAAGAUUAAACAAGAUCUGGCAUGUUUAGAUGAAGGUGCAGGAUUUCAACAGGAGUUUGAAAGGUUACAAAGAAAAGCCUUUGAUCUUCAGAUGAAACUCUUUGAUACACAGCUUAGUAUUCUACAGGAUCAGGAAUCUCAAUGCAGCAGACAACUCAAACAACUCCAAACAGAAAUCCAGGAAGCGGAGGAUAACGUGAUGUUCUAUGAUGCUGUUGAGAACAUGGAGGACCUGGAAUUAGAUACUGAUGCGGAGGAGGAGGGGCCAAUCAGAGAGGAGGAGAGUAGGACGUUGGAAGAGAAGUAUGCAAGGUCAAAGGUUUUAAGAGCAAGGCUUGCACGUAUCAACAAGAGGAAAGCUCAACUUAGAAAUAACAGGCAAAUUUGUAAGAACCAAAACAGUGAAAAAAGUGCCAGUAUUAGGAAGAAAGAGGAAGACUUUGAGAUUCAUCAUAAGAUCCAAAUGAAACGUGAUCAACAUGCAGCGAGUGAACAGAAGAAAAAAGAUUUCUUCAAUACUGAGAGACAGAAGACACUAGAAAGAUUAAAGAAUUAUAAUAUGAAAUACCCAAGUCCAAAGAUGAUCAAGCCCCACCAAUUCAAUAAAACUAAAGAGGACAAAACCAAACCUAGAAGUAAAUCAUCAGUUUCUACAGAUUCCAGAAUUUCAAAAUCCAAACUUGGUUCACGAGUGAAGUCAUCCAAGCCGAGCUCCUCACCCACUGCUGCAAAGAACUCCCGAUCAAAGUCACCAGGAUCUUCCAAAUAUACGCCCCCGCCUCCUCCUUGCCCCCCUCCUGCCGGUCCACCAGUGAAUGCUCCACCACCACCACCGCCUCCACCACCACCACCUGUUGCUCCUGCCCCACCCCCACCCCCACCCCCACCACCACCACCCCCAGGCUCACAGCUGGGUGUGGCAUCCAAGACAGGUGUUAAAGGGAGAUCACCAGAUGGUGUGAAGGUAAAGAGAGAAGCCGAGACUGCUCCUUCAUCCGGUAUUGAUUUAGGAAGCAUCCUUACAGCAAGAAAGAGACUUCAAAAGAGAACAGAUACUGACGGAGGUGCUACACAUAAACCAAAUAAAGAUCCCAUGAUGGAUACAUUAAAUCUGAUUCGUCAGGGUGUGAAGCUUCGACAGGUCAAGGGUGAUGGUCAGUCUCAGAAACAGACCGACUGGGAGAAUUCUGAACUCUUCAAUGCAAUCAGUAAACUUAGAUCUCAAGUGGAAACCAUUGACACAUGUGACUCAGAUGAUGACUUUCUUUAGGAGAAGGCUUGCUAUAUUAUCUUAUAGACCUGCCAA